AAUGCAUUGUCUUUACUCCGCUUCUGCUACUAGUGGCCCUGAGCUGAACGAGUUAAAAGUCCGGCUGGAUCGGAGGAUCCCCCCAUCACGUGCACUCCCCGUUACAUUCGGCGUCUCGCAACCCACACAAAGAACAACUGCCGCUUUUGCUAUUUACGAGUUUCUUCGGUGACGUGAGGUUGGCUCUGCGACAGUCCAACGUUCCGAACCGACACUAUGGGUGACAUCGCGUCCGAACUGCCGUCUAAGAGAAAGUGUCUUGGAGUCGACUGUGAAAAUGAAGCGCCAGCCUUGCAGUGUCCGACCUGUCUGAAAUUGGGCAUGAAAGACAGCUAUUUCUGCUCCCAAGAUUGUUUCAAGAAGAACUGGGCCCAACACAAGACCGUCCACAAAACGGCCCAAGGCCAGACACAGAAUGGUACUGGACUUUAUAAUCCGUUCCCGACCUACUCCUUUACCGGGUCGGUCCGACCGGUCUAUCCACUGUCUCCAAUGCGCACCCUUCCUAAGUCGAUCAGACGCCCUGACUGGUCUGAGACCGGCAUUCCGAAGGGGGAGCGGCGCUUGCACCGAUCGAAGAUUGAAAUUCUUGACGCAAAAGGACAGGAGGCUAUGCGCAAGGUGUGUCGCUUAGCGCGGGAGGUGCUGGAUAUCACCGCAGCAGCAAUCAAGCCAGGCAUUACCACCGAUUACCUUGACGAGGUCUGUCACAAGGCUUGCGUGGAACGGAAUGCGUAUCCUUCGCCCUUGAACUACAACCAUUUCCCUAAAUCGCUGUGCACGUCUCCGAACGAGGUGGUUUGUCACGGUAUUCCGGAUCAGCGGAUUCUUCUCGACGGCGAUAUCCUGAAUCUCGACAUUUCGUUGUAUCACGGAGGCUAUCACGCGGAUGUGAACGAAACGUAUUAUGUGGGCGAUCGAGCCAAGGCCGACCCUGACUCGGUCCGGGUGGUUGAAACAACACGAGAGUGCUUAGAUAUGGCAAUCGAGCUCGUCAAGCCCGGCACUCUCCUCCGAGACUUUGGCAAGGUUAUUGAGAAGCAUGCCAAGUCCCGAAACUGUAGCAUUCACACAACCUGGGGUGGCCACGGUAUAAAUACCGAAUUCCACCCACCGCCGUGGAUCCCUCAUUAUGCAAAUAGUAAGGUGCCUGGAGUGUGCAAACCCGGGAUGGCUUUCACCAUCGAACCCAUUUUGACACUGGGGAAACCUCGCGAAAUUUAUUGGCCCGAUGACUGGACGAACGUGACGGUGGAUGGCAAACGGGCAGCUCAAUUUGAACACACCUUGUUGGUUACUGAAACCGGGGUCGAGGUCUUGACUGCGAGACUGGAGAAUUCUCCUGGAGGCCCGAUACCUAUUCCUACGCCUGACAAUGGUAAUACCGCGUAGUCCGUUCCGUGUAUCACAGAUUGAAUGACAUCACAAGGUACGGGACAAUUGGCCAAAUGAGAGUGAUAAAGGGAAGCAGGCAGGUCUUUAGGCACAUUAGCACGUAGGCUAGAUCGAAUGAGAUCAGGGCAAGAAGGUCCGCAGGAAGUCGAACCGAUGCCACCGUGGCUGCAGAGCUUUCACCGCAUUUGUGGACGGCUUCACGACUCUGAUAACCCUGCUUUGUGGCCGUCAGAGUACAAGCGUCCCGCCCACGGGUCCAGAGGCUGUGAGAUGUUUUCAGACCGUUCUGGCCCGCGUAUACAGCUCAUCCAUUGUCGACUGGCCUAGAUGAGAGAAAUGAAUUCAAAUGCUGUCGGAGCAAGGAUCAGGUUGGUUCCCUGCAUCGUGUCUAUCGUCCCUGUAUCUACUGCCGAUCUGCACAUGAAAACCAAACAUGGACGGCGUGUUCUACGUUGUUCGCUAGUCUCCGUCCGAAGUUCACUAUUUCGCUAUCGUACUUUAUUCCCUGUAGACCCUGACUGCGGACAAGCUUU